GGAAUGCGGGCAAUACCAUCACACAUGCCAAAGGCAGCAUGGUCACCAGUCUGGAGUUUUGCACCUGCAAGCUAAUGACGAAACUCAUUCUGGUCCUGGGCCACACUGCCUGCAUGGCUUUGUCCAGUGCCAUGUGUGUGGAGAGUUGCGCAGGGAAGGCAUCGGACGCUUUGGUCCAAGGCAUUCGUUCGGCGUCCGAUGGCUCCAAGGAAAUUUCAAUGGAAGAGGCUGUGGAACUGAAUAUCUACCACACCAUGGACUGUCUUCUGCAGUACAGUAGCUGCAUCCGAGAAAAGGUACAGACUGGAGAAUUGGAGAUCCGUGGCGCUGUUUACAAGUGUGCGACGGGUCAUGUCCAAUUCCUCCAGGAAGCCCACGCUGGACCCAAGGAG